UGUCUCCUGAGUCUCCUGCACUGUGGGCAGAUUCUUUACUGCCAAGCCACCUGGGAAGUCCUAGCUUUAGGAGUCAAGGGGUCAAAUUACUAGCGCAACCUGUCACUUUGCAAGAUUAGGAAUACCUGAUAUGUGCACCAAAAUUCUCCAUACGGUUGAGGACAGAGGUCACCAGCCCACGUGGUUGGCCCAUUUGGUGGGUGAGAGCUCCUCCGGCCUUGCUAUGCAGCACUGGGACAGCCUGCCUCUUGGCGGGCCUCUCAGUUUCCUGUCUGUACAAUGGUAGGGUGGGAGGGGGUCAGGUUAAUAACCUGGAAGGGUCUUGGCAGAUCUCGGCUGAGGCGAUAGCUCUGUUCUUGAAGAGAACUUUGACAUUAUCUGGCUACACAGCUGAGAGGGAGGGAGCGCUGGGAUCUGCAGGUUCCAGCUCCUUACCUGCUGAGAGACCAGUGCACAGACCCCGUUACCUAUUCACGGCCACCACAUUGCCCUCCUUGGCCACCCUCUCUUCCCGUCACCCCUGGGCUCACUCAGCUAGUUUUCCUGCUCAGGCUUUACUGAUUCCUGGUGUUUCUGCUCGGGAGGAGCAGGAAAGGGUGAACCCUAGGCUCUGGAGCUGUUUAGGGGAGGCAUGAACUGAAGCGCCUUUGGGGGAGCCCCGCCUGCCUGGUGACCACCUGUCUGCCCCGUGCCGGGCCCUCUCUAUGGGACAUUUUUGAGAUGGUUUGGCUCUCAGGGACGAGCUUCCCUGACGGCGUGAAGGCGUCGAGGCCGCUUCCAGGUGUGGGGCAGCCCCGCCCCCUCAGCCCACACUCACCUGUGGGCUGAUGUUCACACACGCACCUGCUGCCCAGCCUUGAUAAGGCCUCCUGUGCGCGAGUCCUUUCCCAGAAGCUGGGACGCUUUAUGGUAAUGCUGUCUGGGCACUCUGAAACUUUUGCUUUCAGGUGUGAGCAAGUCUCAGGGGCCUCCCUCCCAGCUGCCUUCUUAAGAGUGGGGCUGGCAGCUCCCUGGGAGGCUGAUUCUCCUUCUGACCCAGGCAUAAACUGGACUUCAGGCUUCCAGGAAGGCCGCAACCAACAGAUGCGUGGGAAGACAGCUUCUCUGAAGAAGAGCACCGAGAAGCUAGGCGGGGUCCAGAGAGCCCAAGACACCAGUCUGUCCUGGCCAGAAGGCUUGAAGGGUGAGGAUGUAAAGAAGUGUAGCGGAGAAGGGACGCUACGGAGUAAAUACAACCAGCAGUACCACAAGCUGUUUAAGGACAUUCCCUUGGAGGAAGUGGUUCUCAAAGUGUGCUCCUGUGCCCUCCAGAGGGACCUGCUUCUCCAGGGCCGGCUCUACAUCUCCCCCAACUGGCUCUGCUUCCAUGCCAGCCUCUUCGGCAAGGAUAUCAAGGUGGUCAUUCCCGUAGUGUCUGUGCAAAUGAUCAAAAAACACAAGAUGGCACGGCUCCUUCCCAAUGGCCUGGCCAUCACCACCAACACCAGCCAGAAGUAUGUCUUUGUGUCCCUGCUCUCCCGGGACAGUGUAUACGACAUGCUGAGAAGGGUCUGCACCCACCUACAGGUAACCCCUGUUCCCUUCUGUCGCCAGCCUUCAAGCAAGAAGAGUCUGUGUGUAAGAGAAUUUCCAGAGGAACCUGAGUGCGAGUCUCUGGAAGCCCUCAUCCCUGAGAUGAAGUGGAGGAAAGUGUGCCCUGCCUCCAGGUCCCUGUCCCUCCCAGACAGCAUCCCUUGUAUCUCUCGGGCAUCCAUGGAAUCCACGGACAGCUUCUUCCCCUCCAAGAAGCCUCUGGGGUCUGAGACCUCCGACUGUGAGGAGAAGCUGGAGGCGGGGCCCGUGGGCCACGGGGAGCUCAGGCUCUGGGAUUACCGGCUCCUGACGAUCGUCUUCGUGCUGAUCUGCUUCUUGGUCAUGUCUUCAUCCUACCUGGCGUUCCGCAUCUCCCAGCUAGAACAGCAGUUAUGUUCCCUGAAUUGGGGUGCCUCGGUCCCUGGGCACAGGUAACAGUCACUUGGCCUUUGACCCCAAUCCUCCAAGAGGAGUGCUCUGGGUGCUAAGGUGCCACCACCGAUGCCCUUGGUUUGUGCUGCCGCUGUGCUGAGACCGAGUCAGAAAGAAAAUAUUGCAGAAUCCUUCUCCCCACAGCUCUUCUCCCUCCUUAAAUGAGUGGUCUGAAGUACCUGUUUACAAAACUCCUACAAAUUUGGGACUCAGAUGGAAAGCCAAGUUUCUGGAAAUAGACAAGGAGUUCUGUACACUAAGCUUUAGCAGCCACUUAUGUGAAAACAAAAUUUUUUCACUUGCUCCUUGGAAACAGUUCUGACACAGAGGUAGAACAUUUGGGGCCAGUGCAAGAGACAAAGGCCAUGCUCUGAUACCAAGCACAUGGCUCACUCCAGGGCUGGGAUAGCGGCUGGAACCCAAAUUGGCAGCGUGGGCUCCACGCUCUCCCAGCAAACUGCUCUCACUUGGACCCCCCGAGAGUUCCUGUUCUGGGGCCCAAAGGGUCUCUCUGCAGGUGGCCAGGGGCCCAUGCAGGGCAAACUGGAGGCAGUGAGGUGAGGUCUGAAUGAGGAGAGGAGGGUCUGUGGCCAGGAUUCUAGCCAGGGGCCUGUUCAUGCUCUGUGCAGAGGCUCUGUUCUGACCCCUCUUGAGGAGGCUGGCUCGGUCUGGGAGCACACGACUUGCAGCAGGGGAUGACAGCAGGGGCUGUGGAGAGCAGAGGUCCAGCAUUCUGUGUCCUCAGUUGCUGUUUUCUGGUGAGACAGGUGGAGUGGAGCUUUUUUGGUCACUGUGGUCACAGACCAGGUACUCGAUCUUCCCCUCGUGUGCUCAGACAUUUCCAAGGUGCCCCAUGUGGGAAGUGGGGGAUGGGAAGGGUAGUGGCUUUGAUUUGAGGUCUUGCUUUGUACUCCCUGCUUCACUGCCUGGAUUUUGGGCUGGAUGGUGCCUUGGGCCACCACAGGGCAGAGCUCACUAUGCCACCUGAAGGAGGGUCCUCCACACCUUGGGCUCUGUUCUCCAUGAGUAAGCUGGAGGUGUCCAAGGUGGGCCUGUGACUGCCAGGACCAGGCCAAGGGGGUCUGUCUGAUACCUGUGGAAGCAAGAGAGGUAGCAGACAGGAAGAAUGGACAUGGUGGCUUUGCCUUAGAGACUCCUCCUCCUCUCACAAGGUCUCCUUAAUGCUACAAAACUUCUGUGCCUUAAAACUCUCCUGGGGCUCUGAUCUGCUAAGACAGUGUCUUUGGAGGUGCUGGAAAGGCCUUAGUGGGGCGGCCAGAUGUAUCAGGGAAGGUCACUGGUGAUGGGUGGGUGGGGUCAGAAAUAGCCACUUUUCCCCCCUUCAGACUCCUGAGAGGUUAACUGGUGGGGGGUGGUGGUGCAGGGAUCCUGGGGGAAAUUAUUUAUUGUGGAGUGUAACUGUCCUGUUAUGACAAACCCAAAUGAAGACUGGAGGGACUGACAGGAGGUGAUAACUUCCUAAACUCAGGCUGGAAGUCUCCCCAUCCCAGGUUCUAGGAUCGGGCUCAGAGCCUGGCCUUGGGGGAUACUUUCUCUCAAGAUGUAUGUCUCAGGUAAAACUCAUGGCUCCAUUCUCCCUGCAGCACCAUGCUGGAUGGAUGCCCAUUCUAUUUGAGGAACCAGCUCCCUGUUUUCAGGGAAAUAAUCCUACUUGCCCCAACGCCUCCCCUCCCUGGUCCUUGCUGAAGGGCAGGGAGAACAGGUCCAUUCUCUGAACCUUGCUGGGUUGAGCCAGAGGUCAUGAGAGGUGCCAAGUCAUGGGUGGCUAUGCCAACAUGAUGGUGAACUAGCCUCCAGUCUCCAUGCCCUGGGCUCAGAGAGGGCAAGACGUGUGCAGUGGGGUAGGUGGCUUUGGAGGCCCUCUUGGGGUCCAGAGCUUUGAGUGACUGUAGUGUGCCUGUCCCUCUGGAGGGCCCUCUGUUACUUCCUUCUGUUCUCCAGCCUGUUCCUUUGGCCAGGGUACCUUCUGUUGUGCUCAUUUAUAAACCAUGUGUCUUUAUGCAGACCUGCUUGCAUUGGCAGAUGCUUCUCUAAUUCCUUGAGAAUUUGGUUCAACUCUCCUUCAGUUGUUCCACUAUGGCAUUAAACUUUGAAAAUAUUUUAAAAUAAAAAUCUGAUUUUUCUAA